ACUCAUGUCCUCUCAGCGAGGACGUUACGAGAAGGGAUGGAAACGAGAGAUAAAGCGUGGAGCAGACAAAUACGAAGAAUAUAAAGUGAAGAAGAUAACUAAGCAGAUCAACGAACAAUGGCCGCUAUAUUUUCCCCUUUUCCAGGGUGUGCGAGGACCCCUUCUCCUUCUUGUUCUCCUUCGUCCACCAGGUGCUUUUUUAAGAAUCGUAGUGGGCUUGGCGCUCAAUCUUCAGGUCUUUUCUGCAGUGAAAGAUCUGAUUUGCCGAAGACUUUUCACAAGAAAGACAAGCAGUUUGUUAGAUCUAGCAGGCUUCGCCUUAAUGUGGCUUGUCGGGCUGGCAUGAUAAUGAUGCCUAUUAGUGUUCCAAUAGUACCCUAUAGAAUGCCUGGGGGAGGCUAUCAGUGGAUUGAUCUUAACAAUGCACUUUUCAGGGAUCGCAUUAUUUGUCUAUCCCAAUUUAUAGAUGAGGGUUUUAGCAAUGCAAUAUUGGGAACAUUACUCUACCUUGAUAGUGUCAAUUCUUCGGAGGUUCUUAAUAUUUUGGUCAUGGGAUCAGGUGGCAAUGUUCAACCAUCCUUGCAAAUCUAUGAUACCAUGGGAAGCUUGAGUUCUCCAAUUUCAACUUUCGCAUUGGGAUAUUUAUGCAAUCUAUCAGGAUAUAUUCUAGCAGCUGGAGACAAGGGAAAGCGUUAUACGAUGCCCACAUCAGUUAUCACAUUUGAGCCUAUUGCUGGAGCAGCUCGUGGCAAUGCUGAUGAUAUAAUGAAUGAAGCAAAUGAACUUGCAAGGAUUAGGGACUAUUUGUUCAAGCAGUUGGAAUUGAAGACAGGGCAACCAUUUGAAAAGGGUUGGUGCUUCAAGGAUGCUGGGUUGGUGCUCAGUUUGUUAAGAGAUGAGGUUGUAAGAGUUGGUGCUUUUACAAGGAAUUUGGUGAUUCCUAAGGAUUAAAAAGGAUAUGGCACGUCGUAAGUUGUUUGCAGCUCAAGCAGCUAUUGAUUAUGGACUCGUUGAUCAAAUGGUGCCGCCUCCAAGGAAAGAUAAAAAAAUUGAAAAAAUAGGAGAUGGUCUUGGUUAAUCUAUACUUGAAUUUAUAUCUGAUAAGCUGUAAAUUGCAGCGAGUAGUAGCAUCUAUGCUAGGAACUUUUGCUAUUUGUAGUAUGAGGGCCAGAAUUUUUCAGUCUCAUUGCUAAAUGAAAUUAGUGAGUUGUAAAUCAUUUGUUUGUUUUUUGAGUUGCAUUUGCAUUUCAGUUGUACCAAUGAAAUAAGAGAAGUUAAAUGAGUACCAAAUGGUGACAGGAAUUUUUACCAUUUAUAUUACGAGUACCAGAGUUUUGCAUAA